GGUAAACCAUCAGAGUCUCAGCAUGGAAGUCUCUCACACUUUGAUCUGCUUCUUCUUCCUCUUCUCUCUGCAGGAUGGAAGCACCGGUCUCGUCAGUGCCCGACUCCCUGUCUAUUCAGGAAUUGAAGGAGACGAUGUCAGAUUUAAAUGCUCCUUUCCUUCUUAUAGAAGCAGGAAGUUCUUCUGUAAGGAACCAUGUCGACAAAAAGACAUUCUCAUUGAAACAACUGAUGCCCCAGCUCAGAGAGGCAGAUACAGCAGUGAUGAUAAAGAUGGAGGUUUUUUUGUCACCAUCUCUCAGCUGACCAAGUCUGACUCAGGACGCUACAGGUGUGCUGCGGUUACAUCUUUGACAGAGGCUUUAUACGAGGAUAUUGAGAUCAUCGUUGUUGAUGCAAUGCUGGAUGGUGGUCCUUCUGCAGAAAAAACAAUCGAUGCUAGAACUGGAGGAAAUAUUACAGUUCGAUGCAAUAUUAUUCACUAUAGAGCCGACAAGUACUUCUGCAAGGAAGAAUGUAAAAAAGGAGACAAUCUUGUUGAAACGAUUAGUAAAUCAGAUCAGGAAAAUGGCAGAUACAGGAUCAGAUAUACUCAAAUAAUUCCAACAGGAUAUUUUCUGUAUGUGAGCAUCGACCAGCUGACCCAGUCUGACUCAGGAUGGUACAGGUGUGGUCUGGGCAGACCUGACUCUAAAGAUCUAUACGAGAGGUUUAGGCUCAUCGUCACUGAUGCUCUGACCACUUCUCCUAAAACUACAGAGCAGCCUGAAACAACUAAAGGUGUGAUCCUGUAUGUGUUUCUGACUCUGGUCGUCCUGGUCAUCGUGUCAUCACUGUCUGUGCUGGUAUUCUGCAGGAAGAGGAUUUGUAAAGACAAAGAACCUCAUGUGGAAACACUAUGUGCUUCUGCACCAGAGGCUGAAGACGACCCGAGUCAACACACCUACUCUGAGAUAACAUUUGUCAGCGUCGGCUCGUCCCACAGCGGGUUUUCUGAGUGUGUUAUCUACUCUGUUCCUCGGGUGGAAGCUAGCUCUGAUGAGCCCCCUCUGUACUCUACUGUUAACAACCCCCAAUAACUCUCACAGUCUGGCAGAAGAAGCUGGUGUGGAUUAAGCAGCCGUGUAAAUAUUCUGAAACAGAGAGAUGUUUGUGGGAAUAUGUACAAUUAUCUAACCAUUUACUUAUUUCAAACCUGCUUUGAAUGACCUGCUCAUGUGAUGAUAAGUCCAGCUCUGCUCUAGUUCACAAACGUGCCUCUUCAACAGUUUGCUUCAGGUCAAAGCUGGUUGCACUUAUUGUACGUCCCUUUGGAUAAAAGCCUCAGCUAAACGAUAUUUAAUGUAAAAAGCUCUU